CUCUCCCUCUCUCUGUCUCUGUCUCUCUCUUUUGGUGGUGGUUGCCAUCCAUCCCAUCUUCUUCCGGCUCUCUCAUCUCCUCUCCGUCGGAUGAUAUAUAAUUCCGUCUAAAGGUUUCUCUUCCACCAUCUCCUCUCUUGCUACUUUCCCCCGCACUCCUCUCUUCUCUAGCAGUCGUUUCUUGUACUUUUUCUUUAUUUCGUUGAUAUACUUUUGGAGGUCUGGAGCGUCUGGUAGCUGGGGGAGGGAUGGAGGAGUUGUCCCAGACGGGGGCCAACCCCAGAGGGGGGCGCUUCAUGUACGCACCCUCCUCCGUGGUCACAGCCUCAACCACCACCACCACCACCCCAACCACUGUACUGGUUGCACCCCCCACCACUGCCUCCAUUUCCAUCUACUCUGGCACAAACCCAAAGGCGAACACUUUUCCCCACCUCCACCCCCCCAAACCCGAGGCCGCCUCCUCUUCCUCCUCCCACCUCUACCCGGUCACCAGACCUACUGACGUGGACGCCAUGAAGGCCCGAAUCAUCUCCCACCCCCAUUAUUCCAACCUCCUCAAAGCCUACAUGGACUGCCAAAAGGUCGGAGCUCCGCCGGAGGUGGCGGACCGGCUCUCGGCAGUGGCGAGGGAGUUUGAAGUGAGGCAGCGGGCCCACGUGGGCUGCCGGGACCAGCCGGCCGACCCCGAGCUCGACCAAUUCAUGGAGGCAUACUACCAUAUGCUAGUGAAGUAUAGGGAGGAACUAACAAGGCCAAUGGAGGAGGCGAUGGAUUUUAUCAGGAGGUUUGAGUCGCAGCUCAACUCCCUCACCAAUGGAUCCUUCUGCAUCCUCACUGAUGAUAAAUGUGGAGCUUGUUCCUCUGAAGAGGAUCACCAAGAAGGCAGUGGGGGCGAAACGGAGCUUCCUGAGAUUGAUCCCCGAGCAGAAGACAGGGAACUGAAACACCAUCUGCUGAAGAAGUAUAGUGGGUACUUGAGCAGCCUGAGGCAGGAGCUGUCCAAGAAGAAGAAGAAAGGUAAGCUUCCGAAGGAGGCCCGGCAGAAGCUGCUUAGCUGGUGGGAGCUGCAUUAUAAGUGGCCAUAUCCCUCGGAGUCAGAAAAGGUGGCCCUGGCAGAAUCGACUGGCCUUGAUCAGAAACAGAUUAACAACUGGUUCAUAAACCAAAGGAAGCGGCAUUGGAAGCCGACGGAGGAUAUGCAGUUUGUUGUGAUGGAUGGUUACCAUCCCCAGAACGCCGCUGCUCUGUACAUGGAUGGGCAUUUAAUGGGUGAGGGCUUGUACCGAUUCGGACCAUGACCUGGUCUUGGUGUACCUGGCUUUGUUGUAAUAGUUUCUUAGAGGCCUGUUUGUUGGGGAAAUUGAAGUGUAUGGUUAUGCUUGUGGUAGUGGGGAAUUUUCAUGAUUUUUGAAUGCCCGUCAUCUUUUUUUGUUCGUAAUUUAGGGGCUGUAACUAGUAAUGCCGUUUGUACUAGUUAUUGAUGUGGCUACCUUCUUAAAUCUAUUGAAGUUAUUGGUGUAACAAAUAUUAUUACCAUCAUGGCAAUAUUUCUGAAUAAGUUGAUGAUUUUA